UGGCAGUCCAUCAUGGCAGCCAAGUCGAUCCCCGGGAACGUCCUGCCAGUGCGCGCACAGUCCGCGUUGCAAGCGUUUGCCAUGCAGCUCGGUGCAGCCGCACUCGUCUGUGUUCUGAUAGCCACCAGCUACUUCCGCUCCAAACGGGCCCGCCGCCGUCUUCCGCCUGGCCCGCCCGGUCUCCCGCUCAUCGGGAACCUCCACCAACUCCCGAUGACCCAUCAAGAGCGCACGUUCGCGCAGUGGGGGACGCGCUACGGCGACGUCGUCUACGCACGCGUCCUGAACAGAGCCGCACUCAUCCUCAACCGCGCAUCGACCGCGCGCGCGCUGCUCGAGAGGCGCGGCGCGAAGUAUUCGGGGAGACCGUAUACGACGUUCGUGAGAGACAUCGUGGGGUGGAGCCAACUGGUGAACAUGCCCUACACGGACCAGUGGCGGCGCCACCGCCGGUGGUUCCAGACCGCACUGCAGGCGCGGAACGCACUCAACGCCCACGAGCCGCUGCAGUACGCGGAAGUGCAGAACCUCCUGCGCGACCUGCUGCGCGAGCCGGAAGGGGUGUUGAAGCACGUCAAACGGUAUGUCGCGGCGCUGAUGCUCGGCGUCGCGUAUGGAUACUCGCCGUCGUCGAUGGACGACGAGUAUAUCGCGAUGGCGGAGGACGCGAUGCAGAUCAUCACGGAGUCGGGCGGGCCGUCUACUAUGCUGGUGGACUUCAUCCCUAUCAUGAAAUACUUGCCGGCGUGGAUGCCCGGCAUGGAGGUGAAGCGGAGCGGCCUCCGUGCGCGCCGCCUCAUCAGGGACAUGGAGCGCAUCCCGUUGGAGCGUGUGAAGCGCGAGAUGGCAGAGGGCACGGCACGACCAUCCAUUGCUACGGUGCUGCUGGAAGAGGCGGCAAAUACAGGGUCGCUGGAUGAGGCUGAGGAGAAGGAGAUCCGCUCUGUGCUGGGGGUCAUGUACGCUGCUGGUACGGAUACAACGACGACGGUGCUCACGACGUUCAUCCUCAUGAUGGUCGUCAAUCCGGAAGUGUUGCAGAAGGCUCAGAGGGAAGUCGACAGCGUCCUCGGGGACUCCCGUCUUCCAAACUUCAGCGACCGGCCAGCACUUCCAUACCUGGAGGCAGUGUUGAAGGAAGUCUACCGCUGGCUCGCUCCGGUUCCGUUGGGCGUUCCCCACCAGCUCACCGAAGACGACCAUUACGAAGGGUUUGACAUGCCCGCAGGAUCCAUGGUGCUCGCCAAUAUCUGGGCGAUGUCGCGGGAUGAGGCAUUGUAUUCGGAUCCCGAUACGUUCGAUCCCGAACGCUUCAUGGAGCUGAGCGAGGCCAAGUCUGAGGAAACGGAUCCACGUAGGAUUGUCUUCGGCUUCGGUAGACGGCUCUGCCCCGGACGCCUCCUUGCCGACUCGAGCAUAUUCCUUGCGGCGGCCAACAUCAUUUCCGCGUUCGAUGUACGCACACCCAGAAUGCAGGAUGGGCAGGAGAUCCCUCUUGUGCCGUCGUUCACAACUGGAGCGGUAGUACACCCAAAGCCAUUCGCGUGCGAUAUCCGCCCCAGGUCCGCGAGGGCAGCGGAACUGAUGCUGGCGGCGGACGGGAUAUCAGAAUGA